AACACUGGAAGUCGGCAGUUUUUAUCAGCUGUCCUUUGGUUUUGUAACUGAUCCAAGAAAUAUUUAAAAUAUAUAUUAAAAAACUUACAAACAUCGAAAGAUGAUGCGCUACGAGGGUAACGAGAGGUUGGCCGAUGAAACCGCAUGUGCGGGAGUGCGGGCGGACCUCAAGAUGUGCCUGUUAGAGAGUGAGUGCUGCCGGAUGGGAAAGACGCCGCGCCAGUGCCUUCAGGACAAUAACGUCCCGCCAGAAUGCCAGGUGCUUCGAAACACCUUCUACGAGUGCAAGCGUUCUCUGUUGGACAAUCGGCAGCGCUUUCGCGGUCGUAAAGGCUACUGAAGUUUAAACUUAUAUUAUAUUUCUAAGAGCUUAAAAUACAAAAAAUUACACACAUAA